CCCGCGGCGGCGGCGACGGCAGCGGGGCGGGGUCCGGGUUCGAGUCCAGAGUCCCGGGGAAGGCGACAUCAGUGGAAUCUGACAGCCCUGCUAUGACCAUACCGGAGACCUAACCUUUCACUCAGGGGGCCUAGGCCCUGGACUGGGGGAACAGAGCUGGACCCUAAUCCUCCUAGCAGUCAGCAGGGACUGGAGUCACUCAUGUGGCGGAGGGGUCUGAACUGAACGUGUAACAUGCAGAACCGCGUUGAAAUGUCACAACCAUCUUUCGAUGGCAAUAUUCCCAGCACCUCCGUUUUCCAGAUGGGGAAACUGAGGCCCAGAGUGGCUGAGUGACUUGCUAUAGUUGACACAGGGAGCUCUAGGACUCAUCCCCCAGCCGAGCCAGCCAGGAGGAGCAUGCCUCUGUGCCAACGGCGGGGCUCCAGGGGCAGCAAGCCCGAUGUGAACGGAGCGCAGCCUCUGGCUGCCAUGGGAGGCCUGAAGGUGCUUUUGCACUGGGCUGGCCCUGGUGGCGGGGAGCCCUGGGUCACCUUCAGCGAGGGCUCGCUGACUGCAGAGGAGAUCUGCAUCCAUAUCGCGCACAAAAUCGGCAUCACUCCUCCCUGUGUCAAUCUCUUUGCCCUCUUCGAUGCCCAAGCUCAAGUCUGGCUGCCCCCAAACCACAUCCUAGAGAUCUCCAGGGACACAAGCCUGUUGCUGUAUUUCCGCAUGAGGUUUUAUUUCCGGAACUGGCAUGGCAUGAAUCCUCAGGAGCCAGCCGUGUACCGCUGCGGGCCCCCAGGCACCGAGGCUUCCUCAGAACAGACAGAGCAGGGGGUGCAACUCCUGGACCCAGCCUCGUUUGAGUACCUCUUUGAGCAGGGCAAGCACGAGUUUGUGAAUGAUGUAGCAUCACUGUGGGAGCUCUCAAACGAGGAGGAGAUCCACCACUUUAAGAAUGAGAGCCUGGGCAUGGCUUUUCUGCACCUCUGCCACCUUGCUCUCCACCGCGGUGUCCCCCUGGAGGAGGUGGCCAAGAAGAUCAGCUUCAAGGACUGCAUCCCACGCUCCUUCCGGAGGCAGAUCCGGCAGCACAACGUGCUGACGCGGCUGCGCCUGCGCAAUGUCUUCCGCAAGUUCAUCCGGGCCUUUCAGCCGGGCCUCCUCUCCCAGCAGGUGGUCAUGGUCAAAUACCUGGCCACGCUGGAGCGGCUGGCGCCCCGCUUCGGCACGGAGCGCCUGCCGGUGUGCCACCUGCGGCUGCUGGCCCAGGCCGAGGUGGAGCCCUGCUACACCCUGGACAGCGGGCAGGCCCCCACGGACCCCAGCCCUGAGUCUGCUGCCGGGCCCUCCACCCACGAGGUGCUGGUGGCAGGCACCAGCGGCAUCCAGUGGCGACCUAUACAGCCGGAGGGCUCUAGUGGCGGUGGUGGCAGCAGCAACAUCAGUGGCAGCAUCGGCAGGAAUCCCCAUGCCAGCCUGUCUGGGAAGAAAGCCAAGGUGCACGAGGCGGGCGACCUGCCAGUGGACGGGCCGCGGGAGCCGCCGUGGGCCUACUUCUGCGACUUCCGGGACAUCACCCACGUGGUGCUCAAAGAGAGCCGCGUCAGCAUCCAUCGGCAGGACAACAAGUGCCUGGAGUUCAGCCUGCCCUCCCGGGCCAAGGCCCUGUCCUUCGUGUCGCUGGUGGAUGGCUAUUUCCGCCUGACAGCUGACUCCAGCCACUACCUGUGCCACGAGGUGGCCCCCCCACGGCUGCUGAUGAGCAUUCAGGAUGGCAUCCACGGCCCCCUGCUGGAGCCGUUUGUGCAGGCCAAGCUGCGGCCCGAGGACGGCCUGUACCUCAUGCACUGGAGCACGAGCCACCUCUACCGCCUCAUCCUCACGGUGGCCCAGCGUGGCCAGGCCCCCGGCCACGCACAGAGCCUGCACCUCCGCAAGUUCCCCAUCGAGCAGCGGGCCGGGGCCUUCGUGCUGGAGGGCUGGGGCCGCCCCUUCCCCAGCGUGCGGGAGCUGCGCGCCGCCUUGCAGGGCUGCUCGCUGCGGGCCGGGGACGACUGCUUCUCUUUGCGCCGCUGCUGCCUUCCCCGGCCGGGAGAAAUCUCCAACCUCAUUGUCAUGCGGGGGCCUCGGGCCAGCAGCAGGCAGCUCAACCUCAGCCAGCUCAGCUUCCACCGUGUCGGCCAGGACGAGAUCACCCAGCUGUCCCACUUGGGCCAGGGCACGAGGACCAACGUGUAUGAGGGUAUCCUGCAAGUAGAGGGCGGGGACCCCGAGGAGGGCAAGGUGGACAGCAGGGACCCCCUCGCGCCCGGCGGGAACUGCGGGCAGAAGCUGCGAGUGGUGCUCAAAGUGCUGGAUCCCAGUCACCACGACAUUGCCCUGGCCUUCUACGAGACGGCCAGCCUCAUGAGCCAGGUGUCCCACGUGCACCUGGCCUUUGUGCACGGCGUCUGCGUGCGCGGCUCUGAGAACAUCAUGGUGACGGAGUACGUGGAACACGGGCCCCUAGACGUGUGGCUGCGGCGAGAGAGAGGCCACGUGCCUGUGGCCUGGAAGGUGGUGGUCGCCCAGCAGCUGGCCAGCGCCCUCAGCUACUUGGAGGACAAGAACUUGGUUCACGGUAACGUGUGUGGCCGGAACGUUCUGCUGGCACGGCCAGGGCUGGCGGAAGGCACCAGCCCCUUCAUCAAGCUGAGUGACCCAGGCGUGGGCGUGAGUGCCCUCUCCAGGGAGGAGAAGGUGGAGCGGAUCCCGUGGAUGGCCCCCGAGUGUCUGCCUGGCGGAGCCAACAGCCUGAGCACCGCCGCCGACAAGUGGGGCUUUGGUGCCACCCUCCUAGAGAUCUGCUUCGAUGGGGAAGCACCCCUCCAGGGCCGAGGCCCCUCCGAGAAAGAGCGUUUCUAUCAGAAGCAGCACCGGCUGCCUGAGCCCUCGUGCCCUGAGCUGGCCACACUCACCAGUCAGUGCCUGACCUACGAGCCAGGCCAGAGGCCGUCAUUUCGCACCAUCCUGCGCGACCUCACUCGGCUGCAGCCACACAAUCUUGCUGACGUUGUGACUGUAAACCCGGACUCGCCGGCGUCAGACCCUACGGUUUUCCACAAGCGCUAUUUGAAAAAGAUCCGGGAUUUGGGCGAGGGUCACUUCGGCAAGGUCAGCUUGUACUGCUACGACCCGACCAACGACGGCACUGGCGAGAUGGUGGCUGUGAAAGCCCUCAAGGCGGACUGCGGCCCCCAGCUCCGCUCCGGCUGGAGGCGGGAGAUAGACAUCCUGCGCACGCUCUACCACGAGCACAUCGUCAAGUACAAGGGCUGCUGCGAGGACCAAGGCGAGAAGUCAGUGCAGCUCGUCAUGGAGUAUGUGCCCCUGGGCAGCCUCCGAGACUACCUGCCCCGGCACAGCGUCGGGCUGGCCCAGCUGCUGCUCUUCGCCCAGCAGAUCUGCGAGGGCAUGGCCUACCUGCACGCGCAGCACUACAUCCACCGAGACCUCGCUGCGCGCAACGUGCUGCUAGACAACGACAGGCUGGUCAAGAUCGGGGACUUUGGCCUAGCCAAGGCCGUGCCCGAAGGCCACGAGUACUACUGCGUGCGCGAGGAUGGGGACAGCCCCGUGUUCUGGUAUGCCCCAGAAUGCCUGAAGGAGGGUAAGUUCUACUAUGCGUCCGACGUCUGGUCCUUCGGGGUCACCCUGUAUGAGCUGCUAACACACUGCGACUCCAGCCAGAGCCCCCCAUCGAAAUUCAUUGAGCUCAUAGGCCACACCCAGGGCCAGAUGACGGUGCUGAGACUCAUGGAGCUGCUGGAACGAGGGGAAAGGCUGCCCCGGCCUGACAGAUGUCCCCCUGAGAUCUAUCUUUUCAUGAAGAACUGCUGGGAGACAGAGGCCUCCUUCCGCCCCACCUUCCAGAAUCUCAUACCCAUCCUCAAGACAGUCCAGGAGAAAUACCGAAGCCAGGCCCCUUCGGUGUUCAGUGUGUGCUGAGGCCCAGUGGCGCCUCCACUUGAGGGGAUUGGACCAGGCAGUACCCACAGAGUGGGCCCAACAUGGUGAAAUCAGCCUCACCUACCCGCUGUGCCUUAUUUCUGUCUGUUCACCUCCGUGAACUGACUUUCCAUCCAUGGCCAUGAGCCCAACCAUAACCCUGAGGAACCCAGGACAAGCAGGGAGCGAAUCAGGCCUUUAAUCCCCUAACUCCCACACUGGGGUCCACCAUGUCCACUAGCCAUCGUGCCGGGACGAUAACUACUUGUUAAGUGUACACAGUACUUGGUGAGCACCACGUGCCACAUAGAUAAGACUGCGAGUUUCAUGCUUUCAUUCCUGUGUGACCUCAGGCCAAUGGCUUCACCUCUGUGGGCCUCCAUUCUCAACAUGCAGUGGUCAUGCUUGCUACCUCAUAGGACUAAUGUAAAGAUCUAAUGAGGUGGUAUAUGUAACAUGCUUAGCAGA